AUAUUUUAACCGGUGCUAUUAAUCCAGAACGUAAUAUGAAAACAAAUAAUUUAUGGGAUUUCUUGCGUUUGUACAUUGGUGACAAAAAUGAUCAUUAUUACUUCCUUGAAGCAAUGGGGAAUUACUACAAAAACGGUAAUGUUAUUAUUGAGGAAAAGGUUAAUAUUACAAAUGCGGUGAGGAAACUUUCAUUAUCUCCAAAAUAUUAUAAUUGGGUACUGUUAAAUUUUAAACCUUACCUAAAACUAGUAUCUGAGUCCUUUAAAGAUAUUUUAGCAACCCGUGUUAGCAUAGAUAUAAACCUUCAGGAAAAUAAUGUCACCAAUGAAACAACUUCAAUGAUAUGUGAUCUAUUCAAGGUAUAUUGUCAGACCUAUUGCCAUACUGAGGGAUUUUUUUCACCAUCGCAAUUAAGAAUUAUUUGUAAAGCUACAAGUGAAGAUAUACUUGAUCCGUUAUUCAAAUGUUAUUUAUAUAUGGUGUUUGAAAUUAAGCCAACAACGACAUUGUUUGAUAUUCCACCAAAUAUAUCUGAUAAUAUGAAUCAGGAUGACGUUUUCAAGAUGGAAAACGCAACUUUUAUGCAUAAUCCAGCGCCAGUAGUAAAAGAUUUUUCUAAUAAUGAACUAGAAGAGCAAUUACAUGUUCAUUCCGAUUUCCAAGAACCAAAAGAAACAACAUCUCUACAAGAAACUGCGGCAAUAACUGAGUAUAUUCCUAAAAUGACAAAUAGUUCUAAGAAGAAGUUACAAAAGCAGUGGUAUAAGGAACUAAAAAAAUAUAAUGACAGAAUCGUUAAUAUACGAAGUAAGUUCGAUCUUUAUGUAAAAGAAUUUUGGCAAAUUAUUGUCGAAACGGAAAUUGGAAAGCAUAAGCUCCAGCUAAAGAUGCUACCUAAAUUAGAAAAAAAUCGAAAGAGGAUUGAGUUAGUUAGAAAAAGAAACUUGAAACGGUUAAUAAGACAAAAUACUUCAAACUGA